CACCGGUAACUCACGUAAUGUUUGAUUUGGACGGCACUAUCGUCAACACUAUCGAUGUUAUCGCCGACGUGUUUGCCGAUUAUGCCCGAAGUCACGGCAAAACACUCGAUGAGGACAUCCGGAAGGGUAUACCCAAUUUGAAAAGUAUUGUCAAAUUUUUCAAUCAAUUUUUGGACACAAUUCACGGCCCGGGCAACGGAUCAGUUGACCGAAAGUCAGUAAUGCAACAGUUUGUCGACGGGGUUCACCAAUCGCCAGCACUGGCGCUCAUACCGGGCGUCGACCGACUGGUCGGGCAUCUGCGCCGACAUGGGAUACCGAUGGCAGUGGCCACCGGUAACAGUAGUCGGCAUAUGGCAAAAGUUGCCGCUCGUUUUGGCGACUAUUUUCACCGGGGAGUCAACUUUGAUCAUCUGGUAUGCGGUUGGGACGAUCCGGAUGUCAUACGCAAGAAACCCGAACCCGAUGUCUACUAUGUUUGUGCCAAACGUUUCCAAACACAACCGCAAAGCUUGGAUAACGUACUGAUUGUUGAGGACUCGUUGACUGGUAUUACCGGUGCUUUGGCUACCGGUAUGAAAACAUUGUUGAUUAACGACCGUAAAGAUUGUGACUUUGAUGCCGUCGCCAAUAGGAUUACAUGUAUUGCCGAUACGUACGCUAACUUUAGACCCGAAUCAGUAGGUCUACCCCCGUAUGAUAUCAAUAAUAAUUAA